AUGGAAAUGGCAAGAGGAGGAGAACAAGAGGAAACAGAAGGGAAGAGGGAAGCCAGAGGAGACAGAACACAGAGGGGACAGGGCAGAAAUGGAAGGAGAAGGGAGAAAAUGGGAAGAAGGAGGGAAGAGCACAAAGAGAAAGACCCCAGCAAGAGGAAGGCCAGGCAAGCAGAAGGCAGACGGAACAAGAGGGACAGGGGAGAGGCAGGCUCGGGGAGCAGCCAGGAGGGGAAGAGAAAGGGGGGAGAGGCAGAGAAGGAGAUAGGAGGAAGGAAGGACAAGAGGAGGGGAAAAAGGAGAAGGAGGCAGGAAUGGAAGAGGGGUAGGAAGGUCAGCAGAGGAGAGGACAGACACCACAAGAGGGAGAGGGCACAGGGACGAGAAGGGCAGCAGAGAGCACCCCCCAGGGGAAGAAGGAAGGGGGGAAAGAGAAGAGAGGUAAAAGAAAGAGGCAGGCAACAGAAGGACGGAGUGGGAGGGGACGGGGGGGGACGCGCAAGGACAGGGGAAGGGGGGGGCAGAGAGAAGGAAAGGGGCCAGAAGGAGAAGGAGCAGGAGGAGAAAAAGGGUCCGGGGACCAGGGAGGAUAAGGGAGAGAGAGGGAGUGGGACAGGGGGGCACCUAGGGACAAAGAGACACGGAGUCAGCAGAGAGAAAGGGGACAGAGAAGGGAAGGUAAGAGGCAAGGGCAGCAGGGGACCGAAGAGGGGGAUGCAGAGGAGAGAGCAGCACAAGGAAAGGAGCAGCAGGAAGAAGAACAGAGGAACAAGGACGGGGACGAGGAGGCAAGCAGAGGAAGCCGAGGAGGGAAGAAGUGGACAGCAGGAGGAGGGGAGGGUGGAGAGAGGCAGCAGGAAGAAAGGGAGGGCAGGCACCGCAAGGAAGGGGAAGGAAGGGGAGCAGGAAGGAAGGGAGAGAGGGGGGGACACGAAGGGGGAGAGGAUCAGGGGGGGGCAAGGGGGACAGUAG